AUGGAGCAGGAAGGGUCAACAAGGAGCAGGAAAAGUCUGCAAGGAGCAGAAAGGGGCAGCAAGGAGCAGGAAAAGUCUGCAAGGAGCAGAAAGGAGCAGCAAGGAGCAGGAAUGGACAAAAGAAGCACAAAGGUAAAUGAGCAGAAUGAAUCAGAAGGCGCAGAAAGGUAA